AUGGACAGCAGCGGCAAGGAGCGCGAGGCCGUACAGCUCAUGGCCGAGGCCGAGAAGCGGGUCAAGUCCUCGCACUCCUUCCUCAGGGGGCUCUUCGGAGGAAAUUCAAAGGUAGAAGAAGCCUGUGAAAUGUACACCAGGGCUGCAAACUUGUUCAAGAUCGCCAAAAACUGGAAUGUCAGUGGGAGUACUGCAGGAAAUGCAUUUUGUCAGGCAGCCAAGCUCCAUAUGCAACUACAGAGUAAACAUGAUGCAGCCAUCGGUUUUGUGGAUGCUGGGAAUGCUUACAAAAAGGCAGAUCCACAAGAGGCUAUGAACUGCUUAAAUGCAGCCAUCGAUAUUUACACAGACCUGGGCCGAUUUACGAUUGCAGCCAAGCAUCACAUCACCAUUGCAGAGAUUUAUGAGACCGAGCUGGUAGAUAUUGAAAAGGCAAUUGCACAUUAUGAACAAGCUGCAGAUUACUACAAAGGAGAAGAAUCCAACAGUUCAGCUAACAGGUGUCUGCUGAAGGUGGCUGCAUAUGCCGCUCAGUUAGAGCAGUACCAGAAGGCAAUUGAAAUCUACGAGCAGGUUGGAACAAAUACCAUGGAUAAUCCUUUGCUCAAGUACAGUGCAAAAGAGUAUUUCUUUAAAGCUGCUCUCUGCCACUUCAUUGUGGAUGAGCUGAAUGCUAAGCUUGCUCUUGAGAAGUAUGAAGAAAUGUUCCCAGCAUUCACCGAUUCGAGAGAGUGCAAGCUAGUGAAAAAACUGCUGGAAGCCCAUGAGGACCAAAACUGUGAAGCAUACACUGAGGCAGUUAAGGAAUUUGAUGCCAUAUCUCGCUUGGAUCAGUGGCUUACGACUAUGUUGCUUCGCAUCAAAAAAUCACUUCAAGGAGAUGGUGAUGGAGACCUAAAGUGA